AUGAUCGCCUCCUUUGAUCAGCUCGUCAAAGACUUCGAGCUUAACUUCCUAGCCUACGCCUGGCCAAAGUCGUCCGUGGCACUGCUCCUCGGACUCAACCAAAGGGAGGACGAGCCCCUCUCCCACUUUGUGAAUCGCUUUGCUACGCAGAUCCAGGGGUUGCCGGAUGCUCAUCCCUCUCUGUUGAUGCAGAUUGAGGAGCUCAUCCGCAAAGGGCACCUCGGUCGCUACCUCCAGCAAGGCGAGGAGCUUUCCCCCCACCCAAAGGGUCCCGUCGAGCGUCAGAUCAACGUGAUCACCGGCGGCCUAGUGGUCGGGGAGAACAGUAUGUCCGGACGGAAGGCAUACGCCCGAGCCACCGCGGCCGAGGCUACCAGACGUGGACCCGACCCCGAGGUCACGUUUCCUACCGAAGGGGUCGGGCGAUCCAAACACGAUGAUGCACUUGUCAUAACGGGCAGGAUUGCCAAUGCUCAAUUAAGGAGGAUCAUGAUCGACACAGGGAGCUCGGCCGAUGUACUUUAUUUUGACGCCUUCCAGAAGCUUGGGUUAGCCAGAGAAGCUUUGGAGCUGAUGACCUCGGCGCUCACCGGGUUCAUCGGCGAUUCAAUUUCACUGAUUGGAGUGGUCACUUUGCCCCAAACCUUGGGAGCACCACCAAGAUCGAAGACGGUGAUGUCCACAUUCUUAGUGGUUGACCUCCUCACUACGUACAACGCCAUCCUUGGUCGCCCAACCCUCAACAAAGUCAGAGCCGUUGUCUCCACUUACCACCAAACGGUGAAGUUCCCGACCCAUGCCGGGGUCGGCUAA